AUGGACGCCCUCAAAGCUGAAAUUGCAACGAAGAGAAAGGCACUCACUGAGGACCCUAUAUUGGCCUCACGACCUACAAAAUACAUGCGCAGAGGGGAAAUCGAGAAGAUGAAGGAGGAGCAGGAAAGGAAAGCUCGCGAAGAGAAGGAACAGGCUGAGCGAACCGCUCGUGAGGCAGCGCAGGAGAAGAAGGCAGCGCAGGAUCUGGCCAAAUCUCAACAGACACCUACAUCUCGCUCUGCGUCACCUGCUCAGGGUUCCACAGUGCGUGACGCGGAAUCACCGAAGCCAGAGUCAUCAUUCAGCAUCUCGAACGAGGAGACGAUACGUCGACUUCGAGUCAAGGGCCAACCUAUCAGACUUUUCGGGGAGUCGGACAAGGACAGACGGCUACGACUCAGGGCGCUGGAACUAAUUGAAGAAAAGGGUCACGAUCGGCAAGGAGGUCAGAAUGAUUUUAAGAAGGCACUCGAAGACGUGGAGAACGUGGAGAGGGAGUUGAAGAGCAAGACCAAGGGCAAGAAGAAGGAUGAGACAGAUUCGCAGUCCAUGGGCGUACUGGACUUGGACUUGCUCAAAACGGACCCAGAUAGGCUUUACCCUAUCAUCUAUUACACCUUGAAGCGCACGCUGAAGGAAUGGGAAGAGGCAAUGGACGAACGCCCAGACCACAUCAAGCGCACGACCCAAGGAAAGCUCGCGGCCGCGACGCAGGUACAAUCAGCCCAGUAUCUGAAGCCGUUAUUUAAAGCACUGCGUUCAAGGUCGCUUGCUUCCGACGUGCUUGCCCGUAUGGCUGAAAUUGUGCACCACAUGCAAAAACGACAAUACCAAAGGGCCAACGACGCCUAUUUGCGUCUGUCCAUCGGCAAUGCACCUUGGCCGAUUGGUGUUACUAUGGUUGGUAUUCACGAACGUUCCGCCCGAGAAAAGAUUUCCUCGGACCAGGUCGCGCAUGUGUUGAAUGACGAAGUGAGCCGGAAGUAUAUUCAGAGUCUCAAAAGAUUACUCACAUUCUCCCAAACGAAAUACCCUCCAGAAGAUGUCUCACAGUUAAUGGGUUGA